GUCGCAUGGGAGCGAGGCGCAGGCGCGCGCAUGCGCGCCGGGCGAAGGGUGCGAGAUGGCAGGUGUAGGGGGCGGUCGACGGCCGGUGAUGGGGUGGCAGGCGCUGCUGCUGCUCGCGCUGUGCGCGGCGGGCGCCCGGGGGCUCUACUUUCACAUCGGCGAGACCGAGAAGCGCUGCUUCAUCGAGGAAAUUCCUGACGAGACCAUGGUCAUCGGGAACUACCGCACCCAGAUGUGGGAUAAACAGAAGGAGGUCUUCCUGCCCUCGACCCCGGGCCUGGGCAUGCACGUGGAGGUGAAGGAUCCUGAAGGCAAGGUGGUGCUGUCCCGGCAGUACGGCUCAGAGGGGCGCUUCACCUUCACUUCCCACACUCCUGGUGAACAUCAGAUCUGCCUGCACUCCAACUCUACCAGGAUGGCUCUCUUCGCUGGCGGCAGGCUGCGUGUGCACCUAGACAUCCAGGUUGGGGAGCAUGCCAACAACUACCCCGAGAUUGCUGCCAAGGAUAAACUGACGGAGCUGCAGCUCCGAGCCCGCCAGUUACUUGAUCAGGUGGAACAGAUCCAGAAGGAGCAGGAUUACCAAAGGUAUCGUGAAGAACGCUUCCGCCUGACCAGUGAGAGCACCAACCAGAGAGUCCUGUGGUGGUCCAUUGCUCAGACUGUCAUCCUCAUUCUCACUGGCAUCUGGCAGAUGCGUCACCUCAAGAGCUUCUUUGAGGCCAAGAAGCUGGUGUAGUGUUCUCUCUGAAUGACCCUUCCCUCUUACCUCAACUAUUUGGUACUUUCCCUGCCCAAUAAUACCUUAUCCACCUGGAUUUUGAGGGAAAAAUGAAAAAAGAAUAUAAGCCACAUUGGUUCCACGGCAACAAAGCAUUCAGAUCAGCCACUUGUUAACACUGGUUCUCAAGGACACAAGACAUUGGUCCAAACUUGGAAAGGUCUGUUUUGGGAUUUGGGCAGAGGCAGAACUGACCCAGGACUAAGUCUUGUUCUUUCACUUCCAGUGAUUCCCCUCCAUCCAGUCACAAAAUGAGCAAAUGAAAAAUCUCUGCGACUCCUUUGACUUCCCCCUGUGUCUACAUACACAGUGGGCAACUGAAAUGCCCCACUCAGGAGGCCCCGCCUCACUGCUCCCCGGUCAGUCCUGGGUUCAUUCAGUGGCUUUGUGAAUGUAAAUAAGGGGCAGGUCUUGGCCCCAGAGAAUUGAAAUGUUUUUCUAUGUAUUAGAACUAUAUUUUGAUAAAUUAUAUAUUUUCCUUCCUAGUUGAAGUGUUCCUGCCUGUGUGUGACUAGCUGAAAACACCAAUGUGGUCCCCUCUGCAUUCUGUUUAGGCACACAUUUUUGAUAACUACCAUGGCAGCUCUCAGGAUGUCAGCAGUCUGUGGGCCAGAAAGCAGACAUCACUGCUGCUCUCAGGGCCUUAUCAGAGGGCCAAGCAGAGAAUUCUCUGAGACGCCUGUGACUUCCAUCACACAGGGCUUCAGAGUCCAAGUGAGGUAGUGGCAGAGCUGGCACGGGCAGGGCACUCUUAUCCUCCCUCUCCCCUUCACCUUUAUUUAAGCUGUUGUAAAUGUUUUCAUGGGAACCAGAUUUGGUUCUUUAUACAGAUUUUUUCAGUGAAAUAAAAGGUGUUGUAGUAGCUGUGUAUGAAAUGAAAUAAGAGGUUGUGGGCAGAGGGGAGGCACAAAGGGAAAAGGAGGAAAGGCUCGUGGCCGGGACUGCCUCUGCAGCUGACCUGGAGUGGGCUCCAGCAUGUGGCUCCCGAGGUAGGGUAUGGCCUGACAGGAGUCUCUAAGGGUGUGGGAACGGACAGAGUGGUUGCUCAGCCAUUCACCGAGGUCAGCCAAGCAGACCUGUCACCAAGGAAUCGUGUGAGCAGAUUAAAUACCUGUUUCUCAGCCCCCCAGAAUCAGAAAUUUAAACAGAUCUAAGUACACUUACCUCAUGCUCUUCUGCUGUGUAAGACUUAAUACCAUUAAUUGCCCAU